AUGGGUCGCCGCUUUCCCGUCGCCGGAAAUUGCUCCCACUUCGAAUGGCCGGAGGUGCGUUUCCAGGCGGGCAGCCUACGGGCGCGCGGCUACGUGAACGGCCAGGUGGUGGCCAUGACAAGCGUGAGCACCACGGGCCCUGCGAGCGCUCUGAGGGUUGCCUUCAAAGAUGGGCUCGGGGCGGUGCCCAAGAGCAAGGAAGUGGCGCUGAUUUCCAUCGAGGUCGUCGAUCAGCACGGGAACUUGGUGCCUACAGCCUCCAACGUCAUCACUGUGACAGGCCUCGCAGGCGCCACUGUGCUGGGCACUUGCAGCGGGGACCCGGCCGACCAGGUGCCCAACGCGUCGCCUUGGCGCAACGCCUUCGGUGGCCGACUGCUGGCAGUGGCCCGUGCUGCGCCCGGGGCGCGGCUGGCAGUGACGAGCCCGGGUCUGCCCACUGCGGAGCUGCAGUGGCCCUCGACUUUGGUGGUGUGA